CUCUAGUUUAACUAUGGUUUAACCUAAAAUGUGAAAAAACAGAAUAUAACAUCAAAAUAAUUGCUUUUGUAAUUUUUUUAAAGUACUAAAUCAUCAAUAAGUGUAUAAAAUAUGUUUUAAAUUAUGUUAUAUAUUUAAGGAAAUCAGUUCCUGCAUCUUACCUGUGAUCCAGGAUGGACGUAAGCUCAAGAUUCUCGUCGGCCCUGACCGGGCUGACGUCUGUGGACCCCGACUCUGUGCAGUUUCUCAUGUUUAGCGAGCAAGACAUGCGAAAACUUAGCGUAACGAAAAUCACCAACACUAUUUCCUUCGAUUCGAUGGGCAACCCUACAAAGGGAGGCCUGUAUGAUCCUUUGUUGGGACCUUUAAGAGAUCGUAAUGAUUUUUGUGCAACCUGCUCUAAUGCCCUUUUACACUGCCCUGGACAUUUCGGACACAUAGAAUUGCCGCUUAUGUGUGUAAAUCCAUUAUUUAUCAAGAAUAUUUACAGUUUAUUCAGAAUAUCAUGCUUGAAAUGCUUCAAAGUGCAAAUGGAUGAUAGAAUGAAGACUAUAUUAAAAUUGCAACUUGAACUACUUGAUGCAGGCCAUGUGACUGCAGCGCUAGACUUGGAAAUGUUUGUAGGUGACGUCAAAGGCGACCACAAAAGUGAAACCUCACCAGAAAAGCCAAAUAAGUUUAUCAGGAAAUGUCAAAAACUCUUUAAAAAAAGAGAUUGUCUCAAUGAUAGGUUCCAAAAUAAAAAUACAGAUAGGCUACGGACCAAAAUCAUAAGUCAGUAUUUUAAGACAAUCAAUACAUCAAAGAAUUGUUUGUAUUGUAGAAGUAAGCUUAUCAAAGUAACAAUAUCUGAUAACAAGAUCAUGUACAACAUGGCUGCGGAAACUGGAGUGCCAGGAAAGGGUAUUAAAAUCUUAAUGCCUGAUGAUAUUAAACAUUAUUGUGAAAAAAUUGAGCAAAACGAUGAAGAUAUUCUCACUCAUUGCAUCCCUGUGCUGAGGUUUGCAAAUUGCAAGCCAGUUACAGGUAUAUUCUUCAUGCAUAUGAUUCCAGUACUACCCUCUAAUGUGAGACCCUGUAAUGUUUUACAAGGAGAACUAGUUGAACAUACACAAACAAAAGUGUAUAAAUUUAUACUGGCCGCUACAUAUAGUGCCCGAGCCGUAUUGCAAGUUCUAAGUGCACCUGACCAACAAAAAGCUAUCGAUGGUCUGGACCAACGCCCGAGGCAAGCUUAUGAGGGUGUUAUGGGAAAAUCUCCAUCAGAAAAGUUGCAUACAAUAUGGCAAGAUCUACAGAAACAAAUAAAUCAAGUACUCAGCUGUGAAGGACAAGGAAUUGACAGUCAAGGAUUGAAACAAAUCCUGGAAAAGAAAACUGGAGUGAUAAGGAUGUAUAUGAUGGGCAAAAGAGUGAACUUUGCAGCUCGAUCAGUUAUCACACCCGAUCCCAAUGUUGACAUUGAUGAGAUAGGUAUACCUGAUGUGUUUGCUACAAAACUAACUUACCCCACACCUGUGACAGAGUGGAAUGUAGAUGAAUUAAGGAAAAUGGUGAUAAAUGGACCCAACAAGCAUCCCGGAGCUGAGAGAUUGGAAGUCAAUAACGGAAGAAUAAUCAGAAUUCCCCCUGAUUCCUUACAAAAAAGAAAAUCAUUGGCCAAAAAACUCCUUACACCUGAUGAGUUUAAAAAUUCGGGCUUGAAGAUUGUUCAUCGCCACUUGGUCAACGGUGAUGUACUGAUACUAAACAGACAGCCUUCCCUCCAUAAACCUAGUAUGAUGGCUCAUAGAGCAAGAAUACUUAAAGGAGAAAAAACUAUUAGAUUGCAUUAUGCCAAUUGUAAAUCUUAUAACGCUGAUUUUGAUGGUGAUGAAAUGAAUGCUCAUUUCCCCCAAAAUGAAAUUGCUAGAAGUGAAGCCUAUAACAUCAUGUCAGUAACCAAGCAAUAUCUUGUGCCUAAAGAUGGUACACCACUUAGUGGAUUGAUUCAAGAUCAUGUAAUUUCUGGUGUCAGAAUGUCGUUAAGGGGUACCUUCUUUUCAAAAGCUGAUUACCAUCAGUUAGUUUUUCAAGCAUUAUCAAAACACAAGGGUGAAAUCAAAUUGCUUCCUCCUACCAUUUUAAAACCAAUCACACUUUGGUCUGGGAAGCAAGUUUUGUCUACUAUAAUAAUGAACACCACACCCAAAGGAAAGCCAUACCUUUCCUUAGAUGGCAAGGCGAAAAUUAAUGCAAAAGCGUGGCAGAAAGAACCGCCAAGAGCAUGGGAAGGCGGAGGUGAAGUAUUUUCGAAUCCUGACACUAUGACUGAAGCAGAAGUCAUUAUAAGAAAGGGUGAACUUUUAUGUGGAGUGCUGGAUAAAACUCACUAUGGGGCAACACCAUAUGGUUUGGUUCACUGUAUGUAUGAGUUAUAUGGUGGAGACAGUUCUUCUGCUCUUUUGAGCUCAUUUUCGAAAGUUUUCACUUUCUAUUUACAAUGGCUCGGAUUCACUCUCGGCGUCAAGGAUAUUUUGGUUGUCGAAGAAGCUAAUAAAAAACGUGAAGAAAUUAUUUCCUUAGUUCGCCAAGCUGGCCGAGUAGCUGCAAUCAAAGCUACCGAAGUACCCGUGGACAUCGACGACAAUAAGCUGAAAGACACUAUAGGAGAAAUGUUGAUCAAAGAUCAGAAAUUCCGUGCAAACUUAGACAGACAGUACAAAAAUAUGCUUGAUUCUUACACUAAUGAUAUCAACACCACUUGUCUUUCCAAAGGUCUAUUGGAAAAGUUUCCAUCAAACAAUUUACAACUCAUGGUGCAAUCGGGAGCCAAAGGUUCAACAGUCAACACCAUGCAAAUCUCGUGUUUGUUAGGCCAGAUUGAAUUGGAAGGCAAAAGACCACCUAUAAUGAUAUCAGGACGGUCUCUGCCUAGUUUUCCCCCUUACGAUGUCUCUCCGAGAGCGGGUGGUUUUAUUGACGGUCGCUUUAUGACGGGAAUUCAACCUCAAGAAUUUUUCUUCCACUGCAUGGCUGGUAGAGAAGGUCUUAUCGAUACUGCUGUCAAAACAAGUCGUUCAGGUUAUCUACAAAGAUGUUUGAUCAAACACUUGGAAGGUUUAAGUGUAGGUUAUGAUCACACAGUUAGAGACGCUGACAGCAGUGUUAUUCAAUUUGCAUAUGGGGAAGAUGGCUUAGAUGUACUGAAGUGUCAAUUUCUUAAGCAAAAACAGUUCCGUUUUCUGGACGUUAAUUCGAAUGCCCUUAUAGCAAAAUCUGUUCUAAAGAAACUCAAAGAGGAUGUAGACCCAAAAGAAAUAACAAAAGCACAAAAAUCGUUAAAGAAAUGGAAAAAGAAGAAUGGAAGCCCAUUCGCAAAAGUACGAACUAGUGGUUUCUCUCAAUUUUCUACUUUAGCUAAAAAAGAUAUUGUUUUGGACGAUAUGCCGACAGAUCAAACUCGAGAUCCAAUGUAUUGGGAGUUAGAAAAAUUGUGGCGCUCGUUAGAUGAAGAAGAAAGGCAGCAAUACGUUAAGAAGCGGUGUCCUGAUCCAAUCCCGUGCAAAAACUCGCCUGAGUUUAAGUUUGGGACUAUCAACGAGCAAUUGGAUGGCUUCGUACAGGAUUACUUGAAAAAUCGCCAAGAAAGCACUUACAGCGAAUUUACGGAGAAGGAGAAGUUUGUCGAAGUAAUGAACGCGAAGUAUUUAGCUUCCUUAGCGGAACCGGGUGAGCCAGUCGGGUUGUUAGCCGCUCAGUCGAUAGGCGAGCCGUCCACUCAGAUGACACUGAACACUUUCCAUUUUGCUGGAAGAGGUGACAUGAACGUCACUUUAGGUAUACCUCGUUUACGAGAAAUUUUAAUGACGGCAUCAGCAAAGUUAAAGACGCCAAAUAUGGAUAUACCUUUCCACCCAAACAUCCCAGAUUUGACCAGAAAAGCGGAAAAGUUGAGGCAGAAAAUGAAUAGAGUGACUGUGGCCGAUGUUUUGGAAAAAAUCGAUGUUCAAUGCCAAAUUGUGACAGAGCCGAACAGGCAGUUGAAGACGACCAUGCGUUUCGCAUUUCUACCGCACUCCCAAUACAAAACUCAGUACGCAGUGAAGCCCCCUCAAGUUAUAAAGCACAUGCAGAAUAAAUUCUUCAGCGAAAUGUUUGCAGUUAUUCGUAAGCAGGCUAAAGCUACUUCCGGUAUUCUGUGGGCGUCGGAAAAAGAUAAUAAGAAGCGUCGUGCGAUGUCUGAUGAUGAAGAGGAUGAGGAAGUAACUCCCGAAGCGCGGGAGCCGGCCGCUGAUGCUGACAGUUCUGAUGAGGAAGCCCCUAAUGAUGACGAUGAUAAUACUGAUGUGAAAAUACGUAAAAAACAUUCUGAGGAACAAGAGUACGAGGACCCUGAGUCUGGGGAAGAGGAAAAGUCGGACGACGAAGCAGAACAAGAGGAACAGGCUGAGAAAGAAAACGAUGACGUCGUCGAAGUCACCGAAAAUGAAGUCAGCGAAAAAGCCAACAAGACAAUGAACGAAGUCGUCGAAAACUUAAACAAUGCCACAAACUAUACAUUCGACACUAAAAACAGCAGAUGGUGUGAACUAACCGUGCUUUUCCCCGUCUCAUUUCUGAGGGUAGACCUCACACAAGCCCUACGCGAUGCAGCUGCUAGAUCAGUCAUUUAUGAGAUCAAGAAUAUCAGACGAGCAAUCACGAAUAAGGAAAAAAACCAGCUGUAUUUGAAGACGGAAGGAAUCAAUAUUGUACAGAUGUCCAAGUACAAUCAUUUGCUGGAUUUGAAUAGGCUGUACAGUAACGACGUUCAUGCGAUCGCUAACACGUAUGGCAUAGAAGCAGCCAAUAAAAUUAUUACAAAGGAAAUACAGAAUGUGUUUAACGUCUACGGGAUUGUAGUGGAUCCCAGACAUUUGUCGUUGAUCGCAGAUUAUAUGACUUAUAACGGAGUGUUUGAACCGAUGAGUCGGAAAGGUAUGGAAGCGUCCACAUCUCCGUUGCAACAAAUGUCCUUUGAAUCUUCACUAAUAUUCUUGAAGGAAGCCGUACUUAAUGCUAAGAAGGAUUUUAUAAGAUCGGCGUCCAGUUGUCUGAUGUUGGGCCAGCCUUGCAGAAGUGGAACGGGUGCAUUCAGUUUACAACAUUAUAGCAAAGCAAUCAAUUAAGGUAAGGUGUUAUUGUUUAUCAUGUUAAAGUAUGACGAUGUAAGUAAAUCAUUUUGAAUAAACUUUUUU